CCCGGAAAGGCUGCAAUUCCUGCGGAGGACGGUGUCCGGCGGAAAGCUCAGAUAGGAGGCUGCCGGUCCGGUAACACAGACCGGACUUACCUCGGGGAAUGCACAGUGAUCCAGAGCUGUCAGGGUUCUUCCAUUCAGUGGAGAAGAUACGCCCUCCAACCUGCGCUUACAACAAUGGCUCACCCUGUCAAAAUAUUUUCCACUCUCUUCUCAGGGACAAUCCAUGGCCAAGUUGCUCUUUGACUUCUCAUUUAGAGAGUAUGCAAACAUUCGGGCUUGUGCCCUCUUAUAAGCUGGAUCUGGGUUUGGUAAAUGAUGAGAAAGAAUGUCUGGGUAAAUGUCAAAAGGACUCUUUGGACCUUUAACUCAACAGCUAAUGGGGGCUUCUCAAAGGUGCAGAGCCGGCAUAAAGCAUCCUUUCCAUGGUUCUUAUUUCUUUGCUGGAACUUUGCUGCUACUUUCCUAUGUCACAGUAAAGGCUUGUCCGAAGAUCUGCCACUGCUCGGACAGGAAUGGCAUUGUUGUGCAGUGCACCUCGCGCAAUCUGGAGAACAUCCCAGCUAACUUACCGAAGGACACCAUUGUUCUCUUGUUGUCGUCAAACCGAAUCAGGCACAUCCCAAAGGAAUCCUUCACAGACCUUAAGCGUCUCAGGGAGCUGGAUUUAUCCCACAACAUGCUCGAGAGCGUGGAAGUCGGCUCCUUCCAAGGAGUUGUGGACAGCCUGCGGACCUUGGAUCUUUCAAACAACCAACUCAGCAGUCUCCCAAGGGAGACCUUUGCCAAGCUGCAUGCCCGAAUCCGCCUCUCUAACAACCCCUGGCAUUGUGAGUGCUCCCUCCAGGAGGUUUUAAGGGAGCUGAGGCUGGAUCCAGAGACGGUCAAUGAGGUCAGCUGCCACACUUCCGUGCAGGAGGAGUACGUGGGACAGCCGGUGAUCCAAGUCUUGGACUCGGGGAUCAACUUUUGCAAUUUCCACCACAAAACGACAGACGUGGCCAUGUUCGUGGCAAUGUUCUGCUGGUUCUUCAUGGUAACAGCUUACAUUGUUUAUUAUAUCAAACACAACCAGGAGGACACCAGGAGGCACAUGGAGUACCUAAAGUCCUUGCCCAGUACAUCCCAUAUCAGCAAGGACUACGACACAGCCAGCAGUGUGUUUUAGUCUCAGAGACAAGGAGUAUACACACAUAAAAGCGUAUUUCUGCCGAGAGUUAUGUGCAAUGCUGUGAAAAAGCAUUUCCUCCAUCACAUAUUUUUACUUUUAUUGCUUAUUUGUCCCACAGUUUUCAGAUAAAACAAAUUUUAGCAUUAAAAAGAGAUGAUGUGAGUAAAAACAAAAAAGUAGCUAAAGAAAUUAAGGAACAAAUGAAAAACAAUGUAAUUCACAUCUAUCAGCCUGGAAAGGGUUAGUAAGUCAUUUCUGAGUCUCCAGUGAACCACGGUGAGUCAUUCUCCACAAAUAGAGAAAUAUGGUACAGGAAAGACUGGCCUACCAAAUUACUGCAAGAGUGCAUCUACAACUCAUCCAGGAGGUUACAAAAAAUCCCAGAGCAACGUUUAAAGCAAUGCAGAUCUUACUUUCUUCAGGUUUUUCAAAACAUUUGGAAAAAUGUUCUGUUGACUGACGAAACAAAAGUGGAACUUUUUGGAAGGUGGGUCCUGUUACAUCUGGCAUUAAACAUUCAGCGUUUCAGAAAAAGAACAUCAUACAUGGCGGUGGUAGCGUGAUGGUCUGGAACUGCUAUGCUGCUUCAGGAUGGCUUGCUUUAAUUGAUGGAACCGGGGAUUCUGCUCUCCAGCAGAAACUCCUACUCUCCUAUGUGGCUGAAUUAAAACAAGUCUGCAAAGAAGAGUGGGUCAACAUUGUUGCCACCAAAGGUAGCAGAACUGGAUAUUCCAUCAGGGUAGCAGUUGUUUUUUAA